GGAGGAGGGAGAGGAGAGGAGAAGAGAAACGCCGCGUCGCUGCUAGCGGUGGCUUUCCGGAGUCCAGGCAGGCUCUUCAACAGCCAUGGCUGAGGGGGGAGAAGGAGAAGACGAAAUUCAGUUCUUACGAACUGAUGAUGAAGUGGUGCUCCAGUGUGUUGCUACCAUUCAGAAGGAGAACCGUAAGUUUUGCCUCUCUGCAGAAGGACUUGGAAAUCGACUUUGCUACCUAGAACCCACUUCAGAAGCUAAGUAUGUUCCUCCUGACCUGUGCAUCUGUAACUUUGUGUUGGAGCAGUCGCUCUCAGUGCGGGCCCUGCAGGAGAUGCUGGCUAACACAGGGCAAAAUGGGGAAGGAAAUCCUGAUCAUGAACGAUGGGCAGGGCAGGGGGGCGGACAUCGGACACUGCUGUACGGUCAUGCCAUCCUACUGAGGCAUUCCUUUAGUGGAAUGUAUCUGGCCUGUCUAAAGACUUCAAGGUCUCAGACAGACAAGCUGUCGUUUGAUGUCGGAUUACAAGAGGAUUCAACAGGGGAAGCUUGUUGGUGGACCAUCCACCCAGCCUCAAAGCAAAGAUCUGAAGGUGAAAAGGUUCGAAUUGGUGAUGAUCUCAUCUUGGUCAGUGUGUCUUCAGAGAGAUACCUGCACCUGUCUAUGUCCAAUGGAAAUAUACAAGUGGAUGCUUCUUUCAUGCAAACACUGUGGAACGUACAGCCUACCUGUUCUGGCAGCAAUGUGGCAGUGGGAUAUUUACGGGGUGGGCAUGUGAUCCGUUUGUUCCAUGGACAUGAUGAGAGUCUGACAAUACCGGGAUCUGACCAGUCUGAGGAACAGCAGAGGCUGGUGAACUAUGAGGCUGGGAAAGGAGUGUCCAAGGCCAGGUCUCUGUGGAGGUUGGAGCCACUUCGGAUCAGCUGGAGUGGAAGUCAUAUUCGAUGGGGUCAGCCCUUUCGUCUGCGUCAUCUGUCCACUGGCCACUACCUGGGCCAGACAGAGGACCGUGGCCUGGUGCUGGUGGACAGAGAGAAGUCUGACACCACUUCCACCUCUUUCUGCUUUAGGCCAAGCAAGGAAAAAGUGGACCCUGGUCCAAAGCGGGACAUUGAUGGCAUGGGGGUGGCAGAGAUCAAGUAUGGUGAUUCUGUUUGCUUCAUUAUGCACGUGGCUACGGGACUCUGGCUGUCCUACCAGGCACCAGAUGCAAAAUCUUCCCGCUUGGGUCUGCUUAAGAGAAGGGCAUUCCUCUAUCCAGAGGGCCACAUGGACGAUGGGUUAAUUCUGCAGCUCUGCCAGCACGAGGAGUCCAGAGCGGCCCGCAUCAUCCGCAACACCACCCAGCUCUUCACACAGUUCAUCAGAGGGCUGGACGCAUUGAAGGGAGAGAAAGCCUCAGAGGUGAGUCUUCCUGUGGGAGAAGUGCUGCAGACCCUCAAUGAUCUCAUUGCUUACUUCCAGCAGCCUGAUUCAGAACUGGAUCAUGAGGAGAAGCAGCGGCAGCUUCGCUCACUCAUCAAACGCCAGGAUCUCUUCAAAGAGGAGGGAAUGCUCACACUAGUCUCUGUUUGCAUUGACCGGCUCAAUGUGUACAACAGUGCAGCUGAGUUUGAGGAAUUUGCAGGCGAGGAGGCUGCAGAGGCAUGGAAAGACAUUCUUAAUCUUCUCUAUGAGCUGCUUGCUGCCCUGAUCCGGGGAAACAGACCCAACUGUACUCAGUUCUCUCGCAAACUAGACUGGCUGGUCAGCAAAUUGGAGCGGCUGGAAUCCUCAUCAGGCAUUCUCGAGGCCCUGCACUGUAUCCUGACAGAGAGUCCAGAGGCUCUGAACAUCAUCCAGAAAGACCACAUCAAAUCCAUCAUCUCUCUCCUCUACAAGCAUGGACGUAACCACAAGAUUCUGGAUAUUCUCUGCUCUCUCUGUGUCUGCAAUGGAGUGGCAGUCAGAGCCAAUCAGAAUUUCAUUGCUGAACACCUGCUGCCCAGAAGGGAUGUGCUGCUCCAAACACAGUUGGUCAAUGAUGUUCAAAGUAUGAGACCCAACAUCUUCCUGGGCAUGAGCGAGGGUUCAGCCCAGUAUAAGAAGUGGUACUUUGAGUUGAUAAUUGACCAAGUGGACCACUUUGUGACCAGCUCACCCACCCACCUUCGCGUAGGCUGGGCCACCACAAAAGGCUACGCUCCGUACCCUGGAGGUGGAGAGGGCUGGGGAGGGAAUGGUGUAGGGGACGAUCUCUACUCCUACAGCUUUGAUGGUCUCCAUUUGUGGUCAGGGAGAAUCCCACGGGCUGUGGCCUCCAUUAACCAGCACUUGCUGAACUCAGAUGAUGUGGUAAGCUGCUGCUUGGACCUCGGCGCACCCAGCAUGUCCUUCCGCAUCAACGGCCAGCCUGUGCAGGGAAUGUUUGAAGACUUCAACACGGAUGGCUUCUUCUUCCCCGUCGUCAGCUUCUCAGCAGGGGUCAAGGUUCGUUUCCUGUUGGGAGGUCGCCAUGGUGACUUUAAGUUCAUGCCCCCAGCUGGCUACGCACCUUGUUACGAGGCCCUGCUCCCAAAAGAAAAGAUGCGUGUGGAGCCUGUGAAGGAGUAUAAGAGAGAUUUAGAGGGAGUGAGGGACUUGUUGGGAACAACUCAAUUCCUCUCUCAGGCCUCCUUCAUCCCCAUACCAGUCAAUACCAGCCAGAUUGUUCUGCCUCCACAUCUUGAAAAUGUGCGUGACAAGCUAGCUGAGAACAUCCAUGAACUCUGGGGCAUGAAUAAAAUUGAGCUUGGCUGGACUUAUGGCAAGAUACGAGAUGACAACAAGAGACAGCACCCUUGCCUGGUUGACUUCUCCAAGCUGCCUGAAACUGAAAAGAAUUAUAACCUGCAGAUGUCAACUGAGACUUUGAAGACCUUAUUAGCUUUGGGAUGUCAUGUUGCACACAUCAAUGCCAAUGCUGAGGAAGAUCUGAAGAAAAUAAAACUUCCCAAGGACUAUGUGAUGUCAAAUGGUUAUAAACCCUCGCCGCUAGAACUUUCUGAUGUGAAACUCACACCUGGUCAGGAGGUUCUGGUUGAUAAACUGGCCGAAAACGCUCACAACGUUUGGGCCAAAGAUCGCAUCAAGCAAGGAUGGACCUAUGGCAUUCAGCAGGACUUGAAGAGCAAACGCAAUCCUCGGCUGGUGCCAUAUGCUUUGUUAGAUGAACGCACAAAGAAAUCCAACAGAGACAGCCUUCGAGAGGCCAUUCGAACGCUAAUUGGAUAUGGAUAUAACAUUGACCCCCCUGACCAAGAGACUGCCCAUGUGGUUGAGAAGUUGAGUGUUGAAAACAUUCGUUUCUUCCGUGUGGAGAAGACCUACGCAGUGCAGUCUGGGAAGUGGUAUUUUGAGUUUGAGGCUGUGACUGGAGGAGAAAUGUGCGUGGGCUGGGCCCGGCCUGGCUGUAGACCGGACAUUGACCUGGGAAUGGAUGACCAGGCAUUCGUUUUUGAUGGCUACCGAGGUCGCAGGGUACACAUGGGCAGUCACUUCUUUGGAAGAACAUGGAACAAGGGUGAUGUGGUGGGGUGCAUGAUCAACAUGGAGGACAAAUCUAUGAUCUUCACCCUUAACGGAGAGAUUCUCAUCACUAAUAAGGGCUCUGAGCUCUGCUUUGCUGACUUUGAGACCGAAGAAGGGUUCAUCCCAGUGUGCAGCCUGGGUCUUUCCCAGAUAGGCCAUAUGAAUCUGGGUAAAGAUGCCAGCACCUUCAAGUAUUACACUAUGUGUGGCCUGCAGGAGGGCUUUGAGCCUUUUGCUGUGAAUAUGAACCGAGAGGUCCCCAUGUGGUUUAGCAAACGCCUUCCCACAUUUGUAAAUGUGCCAGAGGACCAUGAGCACAUUGAGGUGACUGGAAUUGAUGGGACUGUGGACACCCCACCGUGUCUGAAAGUGACCCACAAGACCUUUGGGACACAGGCUAGCAACACUGACAUGAUCUAUUGCCGAUUGAGCAUGCCAGUUGAGUUUUAUCCAGGUCCCAGGAAAGUCACAAACAUCAACGAAGUGAUUGCUGAUGACCAAAAAGCCAAGAGAGACAACAGUGGAAAGAUAGAUUAUAAAAGCAUUACAAAGUACUUCUACUCGGUGAGAGUGUUUGCAGGUCAGGAUCCUGCAUUAAUUUGGGUUGGCUGGGUAACCCCAGAUUAUCACUACUACAGCAAGAAUUUCAACCUGAGCAAGGUCCGCACGGUGACGGUAACUCUGGGUGAUGAGCGGGGCCGUGUUCACGAAAGUGUGAGGAGGAGUAAUUGCUACAUGGUGUGUGCCGGAGAAAUUUCCAGCAGCUCUACUGGACGCAAUAAUAUUGAUCUGGAAAUUGGCUGUCACAUUGACCUGGCCUCUGGCCUGGUCUCAUUCACUGCCAAUGGGAAGGAGUUGCCCACUGCAUAUCAGGUUGAGCCCAACACAAAACUCUUCCCUGCUGUGUUUGUUGAGCCCACAAGCCCCAACCUGUUCCAGUUUGAAUUUCCAAAGAUCCAGGAUGCCAUGCCCUUGUCUUCAGCAAUUUUCAAGAGCUUACACAGUAACCCAGAGCCUCAGUGUCCCCCACGGCUGGAUGUGCAGACUAUUGUGGCUGUUCUGUGGAGCAGGAUGCCAAACACCUUCCUCUCAGUGGAGACAGCCCGUGUCAGUGAGAGGCAUGGCUGGGUGUUGCAGUGUCUCGAACCUCUGCAGAUGAUGGCUGUGCACAUUCCUGAGGAAAACAGGUGCUUGGAUAUCAUGGAACUCUCUGAGCAUGAAGACUUGAGACAGUUCCACUACCAUACUCUGAAGCUCUACUGCGCUCUGUGUGCUUUGGGAAACACUCGAGUAGCCCAUGCCCUCUGCAGUCAUCUUGACCAGUCCCAGCUCCUCUACACUAUUGAUAACCAAUACCUGUCUGGCCAGCUACGCGAGGGCUUUUAUGACGUCCUCAUUAGCAUCCACCUGGAGACAGCUAAAGAAGCUCACCUCAUGAUGAACAAUGAGUUCAUCAUCCCAGUCACAGAUGAAACGAGAAGCAUCCGCCUUUUCCCUGAUGACUCUAAGCGUCACUCUUUACCUGGCGUGGGCCUGAGCACCUCUCUCACCCCUCACUUCAACUUUUCCCCUCCGUGUUUCAUCAUCACCAAGCGAGAUCACCUCUACAGCCCCCAGCUUCCCCUGCAUAUCCUGAAGGAGAAAGCCAUCAGCAUGCUGACAGAGGCGGUACAGGGCGGUGGGACCCACAUUCGAGACCCUGUAGGGGGCAGUGUAGAGUACCAGUUUGUGCCAAUUCUUAAACUGAUUGGCACUCUGUUGAUCAUGGGAGCGCUAAGCAGGGAGGAAGUGAGGCUCAUCCUGCUUCUCAUCGAGCCCAACGUGUUCACUGAGAGCAAAGAGGAGGAGAUGCAGCUUGCUUUGCCUGAAGAGGCAGCCGAGAAGGAGGAGACCAGCAGCAACGAAGAAAAAACAGUGGAGGCAGGAGAAGAAGAAAGUAAGGAAUCCAAGCAGGCACCUAAAGGACUUCUGGAAAAGAGCCUGCCAGAGUCAGUCAAACGUCAGAUGUGUGAACUGCUGCACUAUUUCUGUGACUGUGAGCUGAAGCAGCGUAUCGAGGCCAUUGUGGCCUUCUCAGACAGCUUUGUGUCCAAGCUACAAUAUAACCAGAAAUUCCGCUACAAUGAGCUCAUGCAGGCCCUCAACAUGUCUGCUGCUGUCACUGCCAAGAAGACCAGGGAAUUCCGCUCUCCUCCUCAAGAACAGAUUAACAUGCUGCUGAACUUCAGUGCUGGGGAGGACUGCCCCUGCCCUGAGGAGCUCCAAGAGGAGCUUGAAGCCUUCCAUGAUGACCUGCGACUACACUGUGGCAUUCCCAUGGAGGAAGAAGAAGAGGAGCAGGACACAUCUAUCAAGGGUCGUCUGCUAUCCUUGUUAUACAAAAUCAAAGGUCGCCCACAGAAAACUGAAGAAGAACCAUCAGAGCAAGAACAAGCAGCUCCAACUAACCUGAAGGAGCUGAUCUCUCAGACGAUGGUGAGUUGGGCUCAGGAGCACAGCAUCCAAGACCCGGAGCUGGUGCGCAGCAUGUUCAGCCUGCUGAGGAGGCAGUAUGAUGGCAUCGGAGAGCUGCUGCGUGCCAUGAGGAAGAGCUACACCAUCAGCGAAAAGUCUGUGCAGGACGCCAUCAACCUGCUGGCCUCACUGGGCCAGAUCCGCUCACUGCUCAGCGUCCGAAUGGGAGAAGAGGAAGGCCAGCUUAUGAUCGACGGCCUGGGGGAUAUUAUGAACAACAAAGUGUUCUAUCAGCACCCAAAUCUGAUGCGUGUUCUAGGCAUGCAUGAGACUGUCAUGGAGGUCAUGGUCAAUGUGCUUGGAGGAGACAAGUCUAAGGAGAUUGCUUUUCCCAAAGUGGUGGCCAGUUGCUGCCGUUUCCUCUGCUACUUCUGCCGCAUCAGCCGUGAGAAUCAGAAAGCUAUGUUUGACCACCUGAGCUACCUGCUGGAGAAUAGUAGUGUGGGACUGGCUUGUCCAGCCAUGAGGGGCUCCACUCCACUGGAUGUGGCUGCGUCCUCUGUGAUGGACAACAACAGUCUGGCCCUGGCAUUAGAGGAGCCAGACCUGGAAAAGGUAGUAACAUAUCUGGCUGGCUGUGGGCUACAAAGCUGCCCAAUGCUGGUAGCCAAGGGAUACCCUGACAUCGGCUGGAAUCCCAUAGAAGGAGAGCGCUACUUGUCCUUUCUCCGAUUCGCUGUCUUUGUCAAUGGAGAGAGUGUGGAGGAGAACGCUAAUGUAGUGGUGAAGCUGUUGAUCAGGCAUCCUGAGUGCUUUGGGCCGGCUCUAAGGGGAGAGGGUGGGCAAGGUCUGCUGGCUGCCAUGCUGGAGGCCAUUAAAAUCUCUGAGAAUCCUGCACUGGAUCUGCCCACUCUUCCUGAAGGAGGAGCACCUGUGGUCUGGGAGGAGGGAGAGGAGGAGGAAGAGGUGGCCCACAUGGGCAACUCCAUCAUGUCCUUCUACUCAGCCCUCAUCGAUCUUCUGGGGCGUUGUGCCCCUGAGAUGCAUUUAAUCAACAAGGGCAAAGGUGAAGCCUUGCGUAUCCGUGCCAUCCUGCGCUCUCUAGUGCCUACCAAAGACUUGGUGGGCAUCAUCAGCAUACCCCUCAAAGUGCCCAUCGUCAACAAAGAUGGUAGUGUUACUGAGCCAGAUAUGAAUGCUAGUUUCUGUCCUGAGCACAAGGCCCCAAUGGUGCUCUUCCUGGACCGUGUCUAUGGCAUAGAGGACCAAAGCUUUCUUUUGAACCUGCUGGAGGUGGGCUUCCUGCCUGAUCUGCGUGCCUCCGCCUCUCUGGACACAGAAGUGCUAAGCACCACAAAGACAGCCUUGGCCAUGAACAGAUACAUUGGCUCAGCUGUGCUUCCUCUGCUGACCCGUUGUGCCGCUCUCUUUGCUCAUACGGAGCACUAUGCCAUGCUGGUGGAUUCCACACUCCACACCAUCUACCGGCUUUCCAAAGGCCGCUCACUCACCAAGGCCCAGAGAGACUCCAUUGAAGAGUGCCUGCUUGCCAUCUGCAAGCACCUGCGGCCCUCUAUGCUGCAGCAGCUCCUGCGCCGCCUUGUCUUUGAUGUGCCACAACUUACAGAAUACUGCAAGAUGCCCAUAAAGCUUUUGACCAAUCACUAUGAGCAGAAUUGGAAAUAUUACUGCCUGCCCACUGGCCUUGGAAGCUAUGGCAUAGCCUCAGAGGAGGAGCUACAUCUCACCAAGAAACUCUUCUGGGGCCUUUUUGAUGCACUCUCUCAUAAGAAAUACGAUGCAGAGCUUUUCAAAAUGGCCAUGCCUUGUCUGAGUGCCAUAGCUGGAGCACUUCCACCAGACUAUGUCGACACAAGCCCAAGCACUACUCUGGUGAAGCAAGUCUCUGUGGAUGCUCAGGGCAACUUUGACCCCAAACCCAUCAGCACUGCCAAUAUCUCCCUGCCUGAAAAAUUGGAGUACAUUGCCAACAAGUAUGCAGAGCACUGCCAUGAGAAAUGGUCUUCUGAAAAGUUUGCACUAGGCUGGAAUGCAGGAGAGAAAGUGGAUGAAAAAGCCAAAACUCACCCUCUACUGAAACCAUACAAAGCACUGAGCGAGAAGGAGAGGGAGACCUACCGCUAUCCUGUGAAGGAGUCUCUGAAGAGCAUGUUGGCCAUGGGCUGGAACAUCGAGAGGACCAAAGAGGGAGAGGCCAUGUUCCAGCAGCGUGAGACAGAGAAAAAGACCUCAGAGUCUUCCCAGGGAUUUAAUCCAUCGCCUGUAGAUUUGGAUAAUGUAGUCCUGUCCCGAGAGUUACAGGGUAUGGUAGAGAAUGUAGCAGAGAAUUAUCACAACAUUUGGGCAAAGAAAAAGAAAAUGGAACUAAGUAGCAAAGGAGGUGGGACUCAUCCUCUACUGGUGCCGUAUGACACCCUGACUGCUAAGGAAAAGUACAGAGACAGAGAGAAGGCUCAGGAGCUAUUUAAAUUCCUACAGCUUAAUGGAUACACAAUAAGCAGAGGUCUGAAGGAUAUGGAGCAGGACUCUUCCUCUAUGGAAAAGAGGACUGCCUACAAAUUCCUUAAGAGGUUGCUUAGUUAUGUGGACUCUGCACAGGAAUUCAUAGCACAUCUUGAGGCUAUGGCUACCAGUGGGAAAACAGACAAAUCUCCUCAUGAACAGGAAAUAAAAUUCUUUGCAAAGGUUCUCCUGCCCCUGAUUGACCAGUAUUUUAAGAACCACUGCCUCUACUUCUUGUCUUCACCCAGCAUCAACCUUAGCAGCAGUGGCUAUGCUUCUAACAAAGAGAAGGAGAUGAUUACCAGUGUCUUCUGUAAGCUGGCAUCUCUUGUCAGACAUAGGAUUUCUCUGUUUGGGAGUGACUCAGCCACAAUGGUGAGCUGUCUGCACAUCUUGGCACAUUCAUUGGAUUUCAGGACAGUGAUGAAGUCUGGCUCAGAGCUGGUGAAGGCAGGAGUUAGGACAUUCUUUGAGAAUGCAGCUGAAGACCUGGAAAAGACUUUGGAGAACCUUAAGCUGGGCAAACUGGGCCAGUCCCGAACCCAGAUGAAAGGAGUUGCACAGAUCGUUGCCUAUACCUCGGUGGCCCUGCUGCCCAUUCUAACUGCUCUUUUUCAGCAUGUCACUCAGCACCAGUUUGGCGUGGACUUGCUGUUGGACGAUGUUCAACUGUCCUGUUAUCGCAUCCUGACCAGCCUCUACUCCUUGGGAACUGGCAAGAACAUCUAUGUUGAGAAACAGCUUCCUGCACUGGGGGAAUGUUUGGCCACUCUGGUGGGUGCCAUUCCAGUGGCCUUCCUGGAGCCUCAUCUGAACAUGCACAACCCCUGCUCUGUCUUCAACACCAAAACACCCCGAGAGAGGGCAAUUCUGAGCAUGCCUGACACGGUGGAGGAGAUGUGUCCUGAGAUGCCUCGACUGGAUGGCCUGAUGAAGGACAUCCAUGAUAUCUCAGAGUCUGGGGCACGCUACACUGAGAUGCCCCACAUCAUUGAGGUCGUCCUGCCCAUGCUGUGUAACUAUCUUUCCUACUGGUGGGCAAAAGGCCCUGAGAACUCACUGAGUGAUGUAAGCUGCUGUACCACGGUCACCUCUGAGCACCUUAGCCUCAUCCUUGGCAACAUCCUUAAGAUUCUCAACAACAACCUUGGCAUUGAUGAAGCCUCCUGGAUGAAGAGGCUUGCAGUGUACACCCAGCCAAUCAUUUGUAAGGCUGGUGCAGAUCUCUUGCGAACACACUUCCUUCCCACACUGGAGAAGCUGAAGAAGAAGACGGUGAAGGUGGUGGCUGAAGAGGAGCUGCUGAGGGCUGAGAGCAGGGCUGAUACCCAGGAGGCCGAACUACAGAUUCUGGAUGAAUUUGCUGUCCUCUGCAGGGACCUUUAUGCCUUUUAUCCCAUGCUCAUCCGCUACGUGGACAAUAACAGGUCCAAAUGGCUAAAGAAGCCUGAUUCAGAUUCAACAGAGCUCUUUAAAAUGGUGUCAGAGAUUUUCAUUCUCUGGUGUAAAUCUCAUAAUUUCAAAAGAGAAGAGCAAAACUUUGUUGUGCAAAAUGAAAUCAACAACCUUGCCUUCCUUACUGGAGACAGCAAAACCAAGAUGUCAAAGUCAGGAGGCCAGGAUCAGGAGAGGAGAGGGAAGAAGAGAAAAAGGGAAUUGUACUCUGUCCAGACAUCCCUAAUCGUAGCAGCUCAUAAGAAGUUGCUGCCCAUUGGCCUCAACAUGUGCUCCCCUGGAGAUCAGGAGCUCAUUUCUCUGGCCAAGAUCCGUUACUGUCUGAAAGACACUGAUGAUGAGGUGAAGGAUUACCUGAAGCAGAACCUCCAUCUUCAGGAGAAGACAGAGGACCCAGCAGUGCAGUGGCAGCUGAACCUCUAUAAGGAUGUGGUAGUGAAGAGUGAGGAACCUCCAGAUACUGAACACACUGUGGAGAGAAUACAGGGCAUCUCGGCUGCGGUCUUCCAUCUGGAGCAGGUGGAACAGCCUCUGAGGAAUAAGAAGCUGGUGUGGCAGAAGCUGCUGUCGAAACAACGCAAGCGCGCUGUGGUUGCCUGCUUCCGCAUGGCACCACUGUAUAAUCUACCAAGAUACAAAAAUAAUAAUUACUUCCUGAAUGGCUAUGGGUACGUUUGGCUGGAAAAGGUGUACCAAACCUCCAGCUUUGACCGUCUGUUCUCCAUGCUAACGAAAACCCCUAUGGUUGUGGAAAAGGAAGAAGAGGAAGCAGAGGCUGAGGUUCAGCCAGAUCCUCUCAACCAGCUCAUCCUCCACUUCAGUCAUAAUGCCCUCACUGAGAGAAGUUUCCUGGAACAAGAUCCCUUGUAUAUUGCUUAUGCAGAUAUGAUGGCAAAGAGCUGUGCCGAAGAUGAAGAGGAGGAGGAGGAGGAAGAGGGAAAAGAAAAAACAUUUGAGGAGAAAGAGAUGGAGAAGCAGAAAAUUCUGUACCAGCAGGCCAGGCUGCAUGCACGUGGAGCUGCUGAGAUGGUGCUCCAGAUGAUCAGUGCCAGUAAAGGGCGACUUGGCCCCAUGGUCACUUGCACUCUAAAACUGGGCAUCUCUAUUCUUAAUGGAGGCAAUGUGGUUGUUCAGCAGAAAAUGCUGGACUACCUAAAAGAGAAAAGAGAUGCUGGUUUUUUCAAGGGUUUAUCUGGACUCAUGCAGUCUUGCAGUGUAUUGGACUUGAAUGCAUUUGAGAGACAAAAUAAGGCAGAGAGCCUUGGAAUGGUGACUGAAGAAGGGUCAAUCAACGUGAGUGAGCGGGGUUCCAAAGUACUACAAAAUGAUGAGUUUACGAAGGAUUUAUUUAGGUUUUUGCAGCUUCUCUGUGAGGGCCACAACAAUGAUUUCCAGAACUUUCUGCGAACUCAGACAGGAAACACAACUACAGUUAAUAUCAUUAUUAGCACAGUGGACUACCUGCUACGUCUACAGGAGUCCAUAAGUGAUUUCUACUGGUAUUACUCCGGAAAAGAUGUCAUUGAUGAGCACGGACAACGUAACUUCUCCAAAGCCCUGGCAGUAGCUAAACAGAUAUUCAACUCACUCACUGAGUACAUUCAGGGCCCUUGCAUUGGGAAUCAGCAGAGUCUGGCUCACAGCAGGUUGUGGGAUGCUGUAGUUGGAUUCCUGCAUGUUUUCGCCAACAUGCAAAUGAAAUUAUCACAGGAUUCUAGCCAGAUCGAGCUGCUAAAGGAACUAAUGGAUUUGCAGAAAGAUAUGGUGGUCAUGAUGUUAUCUCUUUUGGAGGGUAAUGUGGUGAAUGGCACAAUCGGUAAGCAGAUGGUCGACACCUUAGUUGAGUCCUCAAGCAACGUGGAAAUGAUCCUCAAGUUCUUUGACAUGUUCCUGAAGUUGAAGGAUCUUACUACCUCUGACAACUUUAAAGAGUAUGACCCAGAAGCAAAAGGAAUUAUUUCUAAGAAGGAGUUCCAGAAGUCAAUGGAGAGCCAAAAGCAAUACACACAGUCUGAAAUCGAGUUUCUUCUCUCUUGUGCCGAGGCCGAUGAAAACGACAUGUUCAACUACAAGGAGUUUGUGGAACGCUUCCAUGAGCCAGCCAAGGACAUUGGCUUCAAUGUGGCUGUGCUGCUCACCAAUCUAUCUGAGCACAUGCCUCAUGAUUCACGUCUAGCCACCUUCUUGGACCUGGCUGAGAGUGUGCUAAGUUACUUUGAGCCCUAUCUGGGCCGUAUUGAGAUCAUGGGUGGCGCCAAGCGGAUUGAGCGAGUCUACUUUGAGAUCAGUGAGUCCAGCAGGGAGCAGUGGGAGAAGCCUCAGGUAAAAGAGUCCAAGCGACAAUUUAUCUUUGAUGUAGUCAACGAGGGAGGCGAGAGCGAGAAGAUGGAGCUGUUUGUAAACUUUUGUGAGGACACGAUCUUUGAGAUGCAGCUGGCUUCCCAGAUAUCUGAACCAGAUGCUGUGGAACAACCUGAGGAAGAGGAGGACGAGCUACAUAGUCUGUUGGAGGAGCUGACUGAGGGCGAAGAUGGCUCCCAGGAGUCAGCUUCAGCAUUCACUGUCGCCUGCACAUCAGUGAAGAAGAAAAUGUCCAAGUUCCGUCAAGCGCUGACUUUCAAGAGCAUGCGGAAACAGUUCAAGAAGUUCAAGAAAUUGACCAUCAGAGAAAUGAUCACUGGCUUCUUUUCCUUCUUCUGGAUGCUCUUCACUGGAUUCUUCAAAGGCAUUUUUGGCUUGAUCUUUGGAUUUUUCCAUAUCAUAUGGUCCUCAAUGUUUGGUGGAGGCCUUGUUGAGGGAGCUAAAAACAUGAAGGUUACAGACAUCUUGGGCAACAUGCCUGAUCCCACACAGUUUGGAAUUCAUGGUGAUGUACUGGAAGCAGAGAAAACCGAGAGUGGUGAUUUAGUGGUGUCUAUGGAAAUGGUACAAAUGGCUGGUCCUGGAGAGAAGUUAGAGGCCGAUGCUAUCGUAGAUCUCAUAAGUGCACCGUCUAAGAGAGAGGGAAAGCAUGGACCUGAGCCAGGACUGGGGGAUGUCUCUGAGAUCAUGACAGAAGCCAGUCCCCCUGUUGAGAAGAAGAAAAGUCAGAAAGCUGCUGCAGAGGAGUCAGAACCAGAGAAAGCAGACACAGAAAAUCAGGAAAAAGAGGAUAAGCCCAAAGAGGAACAGCCUGAGGAGCCACAAGUGGAGGAGAAACCAGCGCCAAGAAAACGGCGUGGCACAACAAAGGAGGAAGCUCCAGCAUUCAUGGCCAGCUUCUUUGCUGGCUUAGAAGUCUACAAGACCAAGAUGCUUAACUACUUGGCUCGUAACUUCUAUAACCUCCGUAUGCUGGCUCUGUUCGUGGCAUUUGCAAUCAACUUCAUCCUGCUCUUCUACAAGGUGACUGGCGAAACUGACGAGGAAGAGGAGGGUCCAUGGGGUAGUGAUGAUGAUGAGGAUGAUGGUGAUAUGGAAUUCUAUGUACUUCAGGAGAACACUGGCUAUAUGGCACCCACUCUGACUUUCUUGGCUGUACUGCACACCAUAAUUUCUCUCCUGUGCGUGGUGGGGUAUUACUGUCUGAAGGUUCCUUUGGUGGUAUUUAAGCGGGAGAAGGAGAUUGCAAGGAAACUUGAGUUUGAUGGCUUGUACAUCACUGAACAGCCCUCUGAUGAUGACAUCAAAGGACAGUGGGAUCGUUUGGUUAUUGCUACUCCGUCAUUCCCCAACAAUUACUGGGACAAAUUUGUCAAGAGGAAGGUCAUCAACAAAUAUGGAGAUUUGUAUGGGGCAGAGCGCAUUGCUGAACUCCUCGGUCUGGAUAAGAGUGCACUCGACUUUGAUCCCACUGAGGAAGCUGUGGUGAAGGAGGCCUCUUUGUUGUCAUGGCUGAGCUCUAUUGACACAAAGUACCAUAUCUGGAAAAUGGGUGUUGUCCUUACUGACAAUUCUUUCCUUUACCUGAUCUGGUACACCACCAUGUCAAUUCUGGGCCAUUACAACAACUUCUUCUUUGCUGCUCACUUGCUGGAUAUUGCCAUGGGCUUCAAGACCCUGAGGACCAUCUUGUCCUCUGUAACACACAAUGGCAAGCAGCUGGUGUUGACUGUGGGCCUGCUGGCUGUUGUGGUCUACCUGUACACUGUGGUGGCCUUCAACUUCUUCCGCAAGUUCUACAACAAAAGCGAGGAUGAGGACGCGCCUGACAUGAAGUGUGACGAUAUGAUGACUUGCUACCUAUUCCACAUGUAUGUGGGUGUGAGAGCCGGUGGUGGUAUUGGUGACGAGAUUGAGGAUCCAGCCGGAGACCCUUAUGAGCUUUACCGCAUCCUCUUUGACAUUACAUUCUUCUUCUUCGUCAUUGUCAUCCUGCUGGCCAUCAUUCAGGGUUUGAUCAUUGAUGCCUUUGGUGAGUUGAGAGAUCAGCAGGAGCAAGUAAAGGAGGACAUGGAGACAAAAUGCUUCAUCUGCGGAAUCGGGAAUGACUACUUUGACAGGACGCCACAUGGCUUUGAGACUCACACCUUACAAGAGCACAACCUGGCCAACUACCUAUUCUUCCUGAUGUAUCUCAUUAACAAAGAUGAGACUGAACACACGGGUCAGGAGUCAUAUGUGUGGAAGAUGUAUCAGGAGAGGUGCUGGGACUUCUUCCCUGCUGGAGACUGCUUCCGCAAGCAAUAUGAGGACCAGUUGGGCUAAAGGGAGUAAUUACAGCCCCCAGCCCAAACUAUAAUCAGAUUACAAACCUGAACAAGAACCUCAAACUAGCUCUAAAUCACAUGCUGCUUACAUUUCCUCUCAAUCAUUCAGAAACAAUAUGACAACAUGACAUGACUAAGAACUUCUUUUGGAUAAAAACAUUACGCCAAAAGAAACACAAAGAGUCCAACCUGUCAAAACAUCAUGUAUGAUAUUUUAAAAACUACAGUGGUUCUUUUGGUGUUUUGCUCUCUUUUUCCAUCUUCUGAUACUCACAUGUUGCACAAUGAGAUGUGUGAAUAACCAUUACAGGAACACUUCUCCCAAAAAAGCUGACAAAUAAUGAGCAUGGCUGUCAGGACAAGUUAGUGCAAUCAUUCACAUAAUGCUAACAGGCACCUAUUAGCGGUCAUUCAUUAAAAGCAAAGUUAGUAUUUUUGAGUGAAGUAUUCCUUCCACAUGAGAUAUUUGACAUGCUGAGUGAAUGUCAGAACAGAUAUGCACAAAAAGUACUUUCUUUGUAUUCACUAAGUGUAGAACUAAAGAUUUAAGCUCAUCUUGGGACAAAAACUGAUGUAUGUGCAAUGCGGUUUAAGAUGGCAAACCAAACCACAGGAUGAGGAACAUCGAAUGCGGAAUAUAUAUAUCCUUGAGCCCAUUAGAUUAGUUCAUUAAGAGUCGAAGUGCCUUAUGACGAAAUCUAUGCAAAACAUUGUGCCCCUUCUCAUAUGUGUAGAAAGCCUGUAUUUUAGUUUAGAAUGACAGUCUUACCUAGGUAAGUUUUGUGCAUUUAGUUGAAGUUGUUUUAAGUACAGAACACAACUGCUGUUAUGUUUGGUUUCUUUUUAAUCACAGAAACAUGCUUGGCUGAACAUCUCCCACAGCAUUAGGAAGUCUAUAGGAGAAUCUGAUACUAAGGACAUCACAGCAACAAAUUUAUUGAACUGAAACAAGACAAAAUUGUAAACAACUAUUGUAUGGCCACUUGUGAAAUGUAUUUAAUUUUCGGGAUGGGGAAAAACUAAUAAAGUGAGCAAUGCAAUAAA